AUGACAGUGAUUAUGUUCCCUCGUUAUAUCAUUCCCUUUUUAUUGGGUUUGAUAUUAUGUGGUGAUGUGACUGAAGGCAAUAUCCCACCGCAUCGGUGUGACUUCGGCAAGUUGAUGAAAAACAUGAGUAUGCGGGACCUUCCAGUGGUGGGUGAGCCUCCAGUACCUAAAGGAGAUCUGGUGCAUGCGAUUGUUACGAGUUCAACGGCAGGAUGGCAACCCAUUCGAUUUAAGGUUUUUAAAUCGGAUAUUGAGGAUCGGAGUAAAUAUUGUGGAAGUGUGGGUGAAACUCGCUCUAACUUUAGGGGUACCAAUUAUCAGUGUAAUACUGAUUCCUUGCUGACAAAGGAAAAGAAAUCUCUUCUGUCUGUUGUUAUACCGGAUGCACUGAAGAUGCACACUGAUCGCCUCAUGGUACAACCAGUUCAGGGCCCAAUUAAGGUUCCUAAACUGCAGUCGUUUUGCAAUAAUUUCAAUAUUCCUCAGGAUCACUACACUACAGGUGUUUCCGGUGCUGAUAUGGUGUUAUAUGGUGCCGCUGGUCCAAUGGGUUCACCUGCAGCAUGGGCAGGUCCGUGUUCGAGGCUCAAGGGAAAGCGCCCUGUUGUUGGUGUUUUCAAUAUUGGACCUGAAGUGCUGACUUCUCAUGAUAGUAGUAUGCGUGUGACGGCACAUGAAAUUGCUCAUGCUCUUGGAUUUGGUUUUGAUAUCAUGGAGGAGCUGAAGCUUGUGGAAAAGAGGAAUGAGAUCCGUGGUAAGAAUGGUGUAUGGGUUGUAAAGUCACAAACUGUGGUGAAGAAAGCGCGACUAUUUUAUGGUUGUGAUACGUUGACAGGUAUGGAGCUGGAGGAUGAAGGUGGUGAGGGAACUGUAAAAUCACAUUGGGAGCGUAGGAUCGCAAUGGAAGAGAUGAUGGCUGGUUUGAAAAGCAGCGAUGGAGGCCGUUAUAGUGUGCUAACUAUGGCAUUAUUUGAGGAUAUGGGUUUUUACAAAGCCAAAUGGGGAACUGAAGAGGAUAUGCAUUUUGGUAAAGGACGAGGCUGUGAUUUUCUGGAAAAGAGGUGUGUAGAGGAUGGAAAGAGCAACUUUCCUGAUGUGUUUUGUACGUCGGAAACAAAGCAAGGUGAGAAUAUUUGUACAUCUGACCGUACUGGGCUGGGGUCGUGUGCAAUUUCUACUUAUAAGUCCUCACUACCUACGCAUUACCAGUACUUUUCUCAGAGCAACAGGGGUGGUCCCGGUGAACUGCUUGAUUACUGCCCUUACAUACGUGUCUUCUCGAAUACCGGCUGCACUAAUGGAGAUCCGAAGACAAUGUGGGGAAGUCGUAUUGGACCUAACUCGCGGUGUGUCAAAGCUACGGGUCUAAAGCUGAAAAACGUUAUAGUUGCAAUGGCUGAUAUUUGUGUUGAAGUGAAUUGUAAGCCAGAUAUUCUUCAGGUGCGUUUUGUUGGUGACGACCAAUGGCAUAAUUGCCCUGAGGGAAGAAAUGUGACAUCUAAUGUGACAUUCUCCAGCGGUUCUAUUCAGUGUCCUAAAAAGUCUGAGUUGUGUGCUUCAAAGGUGGUAAAGCAAACCACUUCGGCACAAAAGGGACAAGGAAAGGGCGCGUCAUCAUGGUCAGCAUAUUCAUGUUAUUUAAUGUGGAAUAUGCUACUCUUCGUUUCUUGCUUUUCCCUAUUAUAA